GUUGGGCAAGUUUAGUGAGAUCGAUUGUGAAUUUCCCAUUAAAAACGCAGGGAGACUCGGUCUGAUGCGGUGUGACAGAGGUUUUCCUGCAUUUCAGAGCCUCACCAUGACUACAGUUGAGUUCUCGACCCCUGAAAAUAUUUCUGUGUAAGGUUGACUUCUUCAUUGAAUUAAAAGUGUAAUUGUAACUAUGGAUGAGGCAGUUCUAUCUGACCGUGCACGUAGCUGGAGAAAUGCAAAGGAUAAAAGGAAAGCUUGGGCAAGAAGCAGAGACUCUUGGCAAGUCUCUGAGACAGAAAACGGGUGUGUUGCAGAGUCUACUGUACUAUCGGAAGAAAACAGAUCCGCAAAUCUAGCACUUUCUGGGCCAUCAACUGAAGAAAAUGGCAUAUCAAAUAAGAAAAUUGAAAUUUGGCUUCAAGAUUGUGGACCACCAUUAGGGGCAUCUUUGGAAGAACAAAGCCAACUGCCCUUAAAAGGUGCAGGUACAAAGAAUGGCUGUAGUUUUGAGGAUGACCUGUCCCUUGGUGCAGAAGCAAAACAUCUUCAGACUUGCAGUGACUCGAUAUCAGCAGCAAGCCAUGGGACAUCAGCCAAGGAAAAACGGAAGCAGUUUUAUCAAAUGGGAAACAGCAUGAAUUCUACUGGCUCUGGCAAGAGCAAUACAACUGUAUCUAGUGUUUCAGAAUUAUUGGACCUUUAUGAGGAAGAUCCUGAGGAUGUUCUGUAUAAUCUUGGAUUUGGAACAGAUGAGCCUGACCUUGCAUCUAAAAUUCCAUGUCGAUUUUUUAAUGCUGCAUCAUUUGCAAAAGGAAUUGAUUUUAAGCUAUUUUUAGAUGCUCAAAUGCAACGUAUGGAAUUAGACAAUCCAAAUUUUGCUCUUACAAGCCGGUUCCGCCAGAUUAAAGUUCUUACCACUGUGGCUAAUGUAUUCUCAUCACUGUAUUCUCAAGUUUCUGGUGCCCAUGUGAAAAGGAUUGGUAGUUCAACAGAAGACCUGGCUGCAGGUGAAGCUCCUGCAAAUGGAAAUGUUGCAGCUAAUAGAUUAAAGAAAACCGUGUCAAAACUCAAUUUGCUUGGGCCACAGCAGGUAAAAGGGACAGAAACAAGCAAUCAAGCAGAAUCAGCAGAUUCGGAAGGUUCUAAACCGUCGCAGUCUCCCGGGACUAAUGAAAGUAUGACUGACAAUGAGAAGAAAGAGGAGGUAAAGCAAAAGAAAGAAGCAAGGCUGCAGAAAUGGCGUAAAUUGACUGACUCUUCACUGAAGACUGUAACUGAAGAAGUGAUUGGUGGAAGUGAUUCUCCUUUUAGUCCGUUAGAAUCUGUUCCUCAGGGAAUGACAUGCGACGUAACAGCUGGCCAGACAUCCGUGCUGGGUGGGGCUGUGUCCACUCGAAAAGGGUCAGGGAAUUAUUUGAAAGACGAUAGUGGGAUUUCAGAUUCUGUUCUGACUGAGGACCUCCACGGUACCUCCACAGACACAGAACCUGAAGCCAACAGCGAACUGACAUCUGUCCACUCCCAGGAAAGUUCAGAGAUAGUGAGCACAGGGCCAGUGUGUUCAACUCACGGCAAAGGACCUACUGCAACAAUUCAGCAUCCAUUAGUGAAAACUCUGGUGGAGGAGCAGAAGGAAUUCUCUUUUGAUUUAGAAGAGGUUCAAAGCAAUGAAGGUGAAGGGGUAAAUGUUCCAGCAACUAGAAAUCAUGCUGCACAAGACAGAGUUUCAGCAGCCAGUAAAAAACAUUUUACAAGGACCAGCAGCUCCCAUUCUGAUAGCAGCGGCUUUGCAGAAGAUCCAUCCUCUGACAUGACCGGACAGUGUCAGGGUCCAGAUGGUUACCUGCAGGCUAUGGGGAGCAGUGCUGAUAGCUGUGAUAGUGAGACAACAGUCACAUCAUUAAUUGAUGACCUUAAAACUCCUCAGAGUUGUGACCAACAGUUUUUCACUCCAUUUCAAACACCGGUGGAAAACAUGACUCUGGAUCUUAAGGAGACAAUUUUAGGGUUGAAGGCUGAACUAAAUCCUGAUGCUGUGAUUGAUUCACAAGGAGCAAUGGUUGAGAACGAUGGCAAGGAAGCUGCUGAUGUGGACAAUUCUGCGCAGUCAGGUGGACAGAAGGCUUUGGAUUUUACUGAUGAAGAAUCUUCAUCACAAGGUGACAUGACACUGUACCCAGAAAGUGACACAAGGUAUGAAAGUGAAGGUGAUCUUCCUAUAUACUCUGGUCAUCAUAAAGCUGGACAAAGGCAGAGUAGCAUGGAUUCUGUCCUGAGUUGCUAUUCAGAACCUGCUGCUUUAAGUCUAAAGGAUGCUGAAGCAAUGAGUUUUUCUUCUUCAUCAAUAGAUAAAAUUACUACAGUACUUGAGAGAGCUAAAACGAAAACCUAUAUUGUCUCACAUAGCUCAGGAAGAACAAGACGUCCGGUGACCAAAGCAAAUGAUCGAAUAAUGCGAGAGGGAGAGAGAUCACCCAAGAAUGAAUCUCUUGCACAGAUGAAGCGAUCCAAUUUCCAAAGGUCCAGCUCACUCCCAACUACACUGCUCAGUCCAGUGCGAGUUGUGUCAUCACUAAAUGUACAGUUAACACCAGACAGUGGUUCACAGUGCAGUUCACCCUGUUUUACCUACAAAUACUCUGCCCUGAAAGGAAAGCAGGAGAUGCCUACUAAUGAUGAGGAUGAGCAGUCAACCUGCCGAUCAACACUAUUUAUCCCAUUUGCGAAAAGAGAGAAUGAAAAACAGUUUGCUUGGAAUAGACAUCAAGAAAUGCCACAACAUAGGUUGAGUUCACAGUCAUUUCCAAUGCCUUCACCUCUGACACAGUCUUGCUGUUCUCUUCAUACACUUCCUCCAGACUGGCACGGUCAACCUCUCCACGAUCACAUGAGAACCAGGAGUAUGUGCAGCACUCCCAACCUCAUGGAACCUACUUGUGCAACAUGUACAGCACCUUUUGGACAUUUGUAUCCCCAGAGAUCCAUGGCACACUCUUAUCAUCACGUUCCCAUGAAUCCUCCAUCUGCUAUUGAAUCACAGCUUCGUGGAGUCCUUCAUGAGAUUAGAAGCACAGUACAGAAUCUUUCACGGAUCCCAAUGUUUCAUGGGAGUGAUCAGCCCUUUCCUUAUUGUUCUUCAUCAAGAUUAGGUCUUUUACCAUUGUAUGAAACUACAUAUCAAGAGUUGCAGAUAAUGAGAAGGAAUCUGAAUUUUUUUAGAACACAGAUGAUGGACUUGGAAUUCAUGAUGCUGAGGCAGCAAACUUUGGUGUAUCAGCAUUUAUCUGAUGAGGAGAGACAAGAAGCUGACCAACUGCAGAACCUUCGAAAUUGCGUGCGUAUGGAACUCCAAGAGUUGGAAUUUCAACUGGAGGAGCGAUCGUUGUCUCUGGAAGAACAGCUCAAAGCCCCGAACCAGUACACCAUGUUUAAUCCUCCACCUUGUUCUGGGACAUUCACUGAUAACGUAGAUUCUGCUUCUUCCUCCUCUCUCAAUGUAAUGGAACCGGUAAAUGAGCUUUUGAGGGAACAGUCUUACCUUCGAUCUGAACUAGGGUUCUCUGAACCUUUAGGAGAUGAAUGUGAUUACCCGCAAUCCUACUCUACACCCUGCACUAACUUAGACUCAACUUCACGUUGUUCGAGCCCAGGCCAGAUGCCUAAAUAUUCAAGGUCUCUGGGUCACAAUUAUCAAGGUGCACCAAGCUCUACUGUACACUCCGAAAAAUCAGCAACCCCAGCUACCUCGUCGUCGCAAAGCAAGCAGGUUUAUCGUGCUUCAGUUAUGCUGACUCCCUCACUCCCUGCCCGAGUUGGACAGGGAAAGCAGGUUACAGAAGACAGGUCGUCACCAGGAUCUGUGCAGCUGAAGUCAGGAAGUGAGACGCCUGAACUGACUGGAGCUACAGCAGUCCCUAAUGCUAAAGAAGCACAAAGCAACAUUUUGGAUCAUCCAGAAUUUCAGAACGUUCUGCAAGAGAUAAAAGAAUCACUUGCUGGAGAAAUAAGGCGGGAGAUUAUGGAUGGACUUCUAGCUGCGAUAUCUCCAACUAGUAGGUCUGCUGUUGGGCAAAGGGAAGAGUUGUAACUGUAAGGUCAAGGAUGUUUUUUUUUGUGGCCUGGGUUCAAAAGAGGCAGUCUUCAGCACAGGUGAACAGUUUAAUUCAUGCCUCUUGGAAUUCGUACUGGUGGACCUUGCCAUUUGAAUGCACCAACGUAGAUAUCCAGUGCUUCACAAAAUGCUACUGCUACUGAAAUGGGCUGCUUUUAUCUAGUCAUUUUUCAGAACACCUUGUAUGCAAAAUCUAAGCUCAAUUUUUUGUAUUUGAUUGUGCUUCACCGAGCUAAAAUUGUUUUAAAAUUGUUAACUCAAAUGUAAUGGGUGUAUCAUUGUAAAAGAUUUAAAUUUGUUCUAAUAUUUGUUGGUGUCUUUCUAUUAGACAUUUACCUCUUACGUACAUAGUAAGGUUGAAACUUGAAAUUCCACUUUUCGUUAAAGUUUAAGUCAGCUACAUGUGCUGUAACACUAUGGAAAUUUGUUAUCAUUUCCUCCUUGGAGCACUGACCUCUAUGAGGUAUUCCCUGUGCAAUAAAUGUUUAACAUGGCAAACUUGAAUUGACAAAUGUACCUUUACUACUGUUUGUAAUCACAUCACCUUUAAUAUCUCUGAAAUAUUCAGUCCACUACAUUUUAAGAGGAAAAAUCAUUUUGUCAUUAAGUUUUAAAUAGAAAGAUUUGAGGGCAUCUUUCUGAGUCCUACGAACUGGUAUGGGGUGGUCCUACACUGUAUUUUAUAAGCUUUAAGUAUUUAAUUUCAUUUGAUAAUCUUGAAUUUAUUUCUAAUCUUGAAUAGGUGCAGUAACUGGGGUUGGGAUGCAAAAUACUAGUGCUGAAAGCUUUUUCUAAUUUGUACUUGAUACAUUAUAUUACCAUACAUUUAUUUACUGAAAGUGUAUGAUGGUUCAUGUAUAUGGAAUGUAUGCUAAAAGAAAUUGUACAAGAGUUUAACGUGGGAUGCAUGUGGAAUAUAUUGAAAUCACUAAUAAAUAUUUAUUUUAAAUAUAAAA